CCCCAAUCCUCCCGCAUAAAGGCCAGUUCUGGAUGAGACACGUGAGUUCGGUCAACCAAAAUGCCUGGAGCAAAUGAGGCGGAAACAAUUCGCAUUCUAAUCUCUACCGAUAACCAUGUCGGCUACAACGAGCGAGACCCGAUCCGUGGGGACGACAGCUGGAAGAGCUUCCACGAAAUAAUGUGCCUGGCCAAGGAACGGGAUGUCGAUAUGGUACUCCUGGCCGGAGACUUGUUCCAUGAGAACAAGCCAUCGCGAAAAUCCAUGUACCAGGUCAUGCGGUCAAUUCGAAUGAACUGUUUCGGGGAUAAGCCCUGUGAGCUAGAGAUGCUCAGCGAUGCAAGUGAGAACUUCCAGGGAGCGUUCAACCAUGUCAACUAUGAGGACCUGGAUAUGAAUAUCGCGAUUCCUAUCUUCUCUAUCCACGGAAAUCACGACGAUCCCUCGGGAGAGGGCCAUCUAGCCGCACUGGAUCUAUUGCAAGUGUCCGGCCUUCUCAACUAUUAUGGCCGGACUCCGGAAUCAGACAACAUUCAAAUUAAGCCUGUCUUGUUACAGAAAGGCCGGACAAAGCUUGCGUUGUACGGAAUGAGCAACGUUCGAGACGAGCGACUGUUCCGUACUUUUCGCGACGGCAAGGUUAAAUUCUUCCAACCGUCUGUCCAGAAAAAUGACUGGUUCAAUUUGAUGUCUGUGCAUCAGAACCAUCAUGCUCACACAGAAACCAGUUACCUGCCGGAGAAUUUUCUUCCCGAAUUUCUCGAUUUGGUCGUCUGGGGCCAUGAACAUGAGUGCUUGAUUGAUCCUAAGCUCAACCCAGAGACCAAAUUCCAUGUUAUGCAACCAGGAUCGUCUGUCGCAACGUCUUUGGUACCUGGAGAGGCCGUCGCAAAACAGGUCUCGAUUUUAAGCGUAACUGGUCGAGAAUUCAAAAACGAACCUAUCCGAUUAAAGACAGUACGACCGUUUGUGAUGCGAGAAAUUGUAUUGUCCGAAGAAAAGGGAGCCCAAAAGCUUGCGCGCAAGGAGAAUAAUCGCACAGAAGUAACUCGGUUCCUCAUGUCUAUUGUCGAAGAGCUGAUCGAAGAAGCCAACGCAGAAUGGCUAGAGAUGCAAGGCGACCGCAUUGAUGAGGACGAUGAUGACACACCAGAGGCUCCGCUUCCUCUCGUUCGCCUCCGCGUGGAGACUUCCACACCUGAAGGAGGCAGUUACGAUUGUGAAAACCCACAGCGAUUCUCCAACCGCUUCAUUGGUAAAGUAGCUAACGUGAAUGACGUGGUGCAAUUCUACCGCAAGAAAAAAACCGCUUCUACGUCGCGCAAAGAUGAUAAAUCUGUCGAUGAGUCGGCUGUCUCUCAUCUAUCGGCCCUUGACACCGUGAAAGUCGAACAACUAGUGCGCGAGUUCCUCUCAUCGCAGUCAUUAAGCAUUCUGCCACAGAAUUCGUUUGGAGACGCUGUUGCCCAGUUCAUUGACAAGGAUGACAAGCAUGCAAUGGAGAUGUUCGUCAAUGAAUCCCUCGAGAGCCAGGUCAAACACUUGUUGGCCUUGGAUCGUGAAGAGGACGAAAUGGAUGAUGAGGAGAAAGAAAAAAGCUCGCUAGUCAGUGCUAUGGAAAAAUAUCGCGAUCAGAUGGAAACCAUGUUUUCAAAGGGAGUGAAGAAGCGAACUCGCGGAAAGAAGCGCUUCAAGCCCAAGCCAGAUGGUUGGGAUUCCGAGUUUGAUGGCGUGUGGGAAGACCAGCCCGGUGCCCUUAUUCAUUCCGAAAAUGAAGGUGGGGACCCAGCAGAGGACGAAGCUGGAGAAGAUGGGACAGUGCCCGCUGGUGGUCGUGCGGCAGCCUCUACUCGCGGUCGUGGUAGGGGUCGUGGUCGAGGUGGGACGUCCAGUUCACGAACCAACAAGUCCAAACCUACCCCGGAAACAAAGACUACGAAGGGCCGCAAAAAGCAAGCAGUUUCAGACGAAGAAUCAGACGUGAUUAUGCUGGAUGACGAUGAUGACGAUGUUAUAGCCAAUGUCAUUUCCGAUGAUGAGGACGAUGAUUCCCAGGCACUGUUCGUCAAGCAGCCUCGCUCUACUACCACCGCAAAGCCACGAAAAUCUGCCCUUACGACAACGACGACGACUCGGCGCCUCGGUGGACGUGCUGCUGCCUCGCCAGCUCCGUCGUCGGUUACUGCUGGGGGAGUGCUUCUCGGCGAGCCCCUGCGCGCAUCUACGCUCAACUUCUCCGCUUCACAGGCCACCGCGCCUCAGUCAUCACGACCUAGCCGCUCCACCCGUAACAUGAGUGUUAUCAGCGAUGGUAUUGAUGACGAUGAUGAUGACGACGACGACGCCUUUGAAGAAAUGCCGACCACCUCGAGGCGUCGCAGGUGA